UGUUCUUAAGCACAUUUGUUUAACUCAGUGCUGCGCUGUUUUUGUGCCGUCUUAACUCAGCAUCAGAAGCUAACGUGCUUGUAGCUAGCAGCUAAUGACGCAAGGCUGAGCCCAAACUCACCGGUUAUACGAGUAGCUGUUCACGCUGUGUUCUCUGUUACAGCCCGUUAAAUUGUUCAGCAGACUGCAGGGCCACCAUGUUUCGUCCCAAGCCGACGCUGAAGGACCGACAGCACCUCUACAAGCUGAUGAUCAGCCAGCUGCUCUACGACGGCUUCACGAACAUCGCCAACAGUCUGAUCAAUGAGGUCAAACCGCACAGUGUCGUGUCGCCCUCUGAGCAGCUCAUGCAUCUGGCUAAGAUCGGGAUGGAGAAUGACGACAGCGCGGUGCAAUAUGCCAUUGGUCGGUCAGAUACAGUGGCACCUGGAGUAGGCAUUGAUCUGGAAUUUGAUGCUGACGUGCAGACCAUGUCUCCAGAGGCGUCAGAGUAUGAGACCUGCUAUGUUACCUCCCAUAAAGGUCCGUGCCGCGUGGCCACCUACAGCCGUGAUGGCCAGCUGAUUGCCACUGGCUCUGCAGAUGCUUCAAUCAAGAUCUUGGAUACCGAGCGCAUGCUUGCCAAGAGCGCCAUGCCCAUUGAGGUAAUGAUGAAUGAGACGGCGCAGCAAAACAUGGAGAAUCACCCCGUGAUUCGGACGCUAUAUGACCAUGUCGAUGAAGUCACCUGCCUCGCCUUCCAUCCAUCUGAACAGCUUCUAGCUUCGGGCUCCCGGGAUUACACCCUCAAACUGUUUGACUACUCAAAGCCCUCUGCAAAAAGAGCAUAUAAAUACAUACAGGAAGCAGAAAUGUUGCGUUCCAUCUCCUUCCACCCAUCAGGCGACUUCCUACUAGUGGGAACGCAGCACCCCACCCUGCGCCUUUAUGACAUAAACACCUUCCAGUGUUUUGUGUCCUGUAACCCGUUGGACCAGCACACAGACACCAUCAGUGGCGUCAGCUACAACCCCACUGCCAACAGCUACGUCUCCUGCAGCAAGGAUGGCAGCAUCAAGCUCUGGGAUGGCGUUUCCAAUCGCUGCGUCACCACCUUCGAGAAGGCUCACGAUGGAGCUGAAGUCUGCUCGGCUAUCUUCUCCAAAAACUCAAAGUACAUCCUGUCCAGUGGCAAAGACUCUGUGGUCAAACUGUGGGAAAUCUCAACGGGCCGGACGCUGGUCAAGUACACAGGGGCGGGGCUGAGUGGCCGUCAGAUGCACCGUACACAGGGAGUGUUCAACCACACCGAGGACUACGUGCUGCUGCCUGACGAGCGCACCAUCAGCCUGUGCUGCUGGGACUCGCGCACCGCCGAGAGGAAGAACUUGCUCUCACUAGGUCACAACAACAUUGUGCGCUGCAUCGUACACUCGCCCACCAAUCCCGGCUUCAUGACCUGCAGCGACGACUUCAGGGCCCGCUUCUGGUACCGCCGCACCACCACAGACUGACCACACUUCCAGAUUCUUCCUUUAACCUUUCAUUUCUUCCUACAAACCACCAUUUUUCCCCCUUUACUGCAAUUUGUUCCGUGUAAAUUUGGAGGUAGUUGUGCCUUUUGCUUUUCAGCUCUAUUGUGAAUUAAAAAAUGCUUUGUCUGUAGACUUGUUUUUUUCCACAUGAUUGUAUUUUGUCUUUUGUAUGUGUAAUUUGUAUUAAACAAUUGAAAAGAAAAAGCUACUGUGUCUGGAAUGUGAAUAGCUAAAUUCUGACAUUUUAA